ACGGCGAAGGUAAAAAAUAUAUUCACGGAGCGGAGAUUAUCGAUGACAUGGCCGUGCUGUUAUCGUCGUACCUGGGGCGGAAAUUGACGUAUAAUUUCUCGUUAAUAUUUCUUCAUGGCGAUUUUAAAACUGUCUCAAAAGUAUGUUGCAUAUAUUUAUGUGACAUGAAGACUGCGACAACUGUGUUCCCCCCAAGUAACUCCUUAGUCAAUAUUGACCCUUUGUCAGCACAGCAGAAACAGGCUAAGUCUAGCCUAGUGAUACCGGUCCUCGAAUGUCCCCUGUGGGAGACAGGACUUCCAUGGGCACGAUGGAUCCUCUACAGAGUGUCCCUGAAUCACCAGGAGCUUCCAAAAAACAUGAAUCCAAGGAAAAUGGAACAAGUUUGUGCACAGUCAUUUAUGACUACGAGGCAACAGCGGAGGACGAGCUUACGCUCCAUCGUGGGGAUCUUGUAGAAGUCAUUUCCAAGGAGGUGUCUGUGUCUGGAGAUGAUGGAUGGUGGACAGGAAAGGUCCGCGACAAAGAGGGGAUAUUCCCCAGUAACUAUGUCAGCCAGCCCCACGUACUACUUCAAAAGGAGAAGAACUUUGGGGUUACGGAAAUCAACUUUGAUGACAUCGUCCUCAGUGAGGUGAUUGGAGUGGGCGGAUUUGGGAAGGUCUACAGAGGCAUUUGUGCGGGAGAGGAGGUUGCCGUGAAAGCUGCACGGACAGACACUGAACAGGAUUUAGGCGAAAUCAUGGACAAUGUGCGACAAGAAGCAAAACUCUUCAGUUUACUGUCACAUCCGAACAUCAUCACGCUCAAGGGAGCAUGCUUGGUGGAGCCAAAUAUAUGCCUGGUAAUGGAAUAUGCCAGGGGUGGGGCUUUGAAUAGAGUGCUGAGUAACAACUGCAAAAAGUUGGGGUUGCCCCCUGACGUUCUCGUUGAGUGGGCAUACCAGAUUGCUGAAGGUAUGCACUACCUUCAUUCGGAUGCACCCAUACCUCUGAUUCACCGAGACCUCAAGUCCAGCAAUAUCCUCAUCAAUGAGAAGAUUGUUGACAACGAUUUCUAUGGGAAGACACUGAAGAUCACAGAUUUUGGCCUGGCCAGAGAGAUGUACCGCACCACCAGGAUGAGCGCUGCCGGCACCUAUGCCUGGAUGGCCCCAGAAGUCAUCAAGUCAUCACUCUUCUCAAAAGGCAGUGACGUUUGGAGCUAUGGCGUACUACUCUGGGAGCUACUCACAGGAGAGAUACCCUACAAAGGCAUCGAUGGCCUGGCUGUUGCCUACGGCGUCGCUGUCCAGAAACUCACGCUUCCCAUACCCACCACAUGUCCAGAGCCCUUUGUCAGAAUACUAGAAGAAUGCUGGAACCCAGAGCCCCACCAACGACCCAGCUUUCCAGAGAUCCUCAAUCACCUCAGGGAAAUUCAAGACUCACCGUUCAUCGACACACCGCACGAGUCAUUCCGCUCUAUGCAACAGGACUGGAAGCAGGAGAUCCAGGAGAUGUUUGACGAGAUCAGACUCAAAGAAAAGGAGCUGAGGACGAGAGAAGAGGAGUUGAUGCGUCAGAACAUAGAGCAGCAGUGUCACGCCAGGGUACUACGCCAGCGGGAGCAAGAGCUGGCCGAACGGGAGAUCGACCUACUGGGCCGAGAGCUCAACAUCAUGAUUCUACAACAGCAGCAGGACGACAAGCCCGUGCCCAAGAAGAGGAGGAACAAAUUCAGACGGGGCAAAGUGCGCAGGAGCAACAAGCGUAUCAGCGGACCCUCCGAUUUCCAGCACAAAUUGACAGUGAGGACAGACCCAUCGUAUGACAGGCGGGACCCUCGGUCGCCACUGAGUCCAGAAGAUAGCCCACCUAAAAGCCCACUGCCCAGGUUGAGAGUCAUUGCACUGCCCAAGGGGAUCAAGGGUAAGACUUGGGGCCCCAGCUCAGUUCAGCAGAAGCUGAAGGAUCGGCCGUUUAAGGCCUACUCCAUGUCAGAAGCCACGGGCAAGAAAUUUACCAACACGAGUGCACCGGGCAACCCACACUGGUACAACACCAUGGGUAGUACUCCCCACGAUAAUGAAGCAGAGUGGCCAACAGAUAUUGGCCUUCCCAAAGCCCACUGGCCUAGUGUCGGCCCUAGCACAGAUGAUGGUGAAUCCACAGAUGACUCUCGGACGUCGCCCCGCAACUCCCUCAAACGAGAGAGGAAACGCACCACAGCCAGCCUGUACACCAUGACGGCCAUGCUGGCGUCGGUAGCCAUGGGAUUCGACAUCCGCACGCUGAACCAGUCCAGACAGGACGAGCUGGAUUUCCACCAUCGUAAGAACUCCUCAGCCUCGGAGAGCUACAGCCGCCAGGGCAGUCUGUCAUUCCAGCAUGACCCGGACGAUUCCCCGACCAUGUCCAGGGCAUCCACGGUGCGACUCAUCAGUGUGACGUCCACCAACGACGAUAACAAGCACUACCUCAGACAAGGGUCCUGGCAAGGGUUUGUAGACUCCUCUACCAAUGUGACCAUCAAGCAGAAUCCAGCUUUCAAUGGGGAGAGUAAGGCCGUGGCGCCCUCGGAGCCUGUCCAAACGGCCGUCAAGACGCACAGGCGCACGGCGUCAGCGGACAACAACCUGAGUUACUUGUCGCACAAAAGGACUCCCUCGGAUAGUUCGUCACCAUCUUAUUCGUCUUUCACGUCUACUGUCAAGUGGGACGGGACCGAUCCAUGGAGUAGCCCUGAGUCGGAUGUGUCCAGAUUACCUAACCCACCUCAAGCUCCACCUAGGAGAAUUAGCCUGGUGCUACCUUCAGAGACACACGCCGAGCGGCCACGCACUCUGGAUAUCUCCCCAAGGCCAAGGCCAUACCCCAGGGCCCAUCUGACCCCGCAGCCUGGCAGCCAGGAUUCACCACUUGGCCCAAGUCCGGCAGCAGCAAGCGUUACUCCGAAGCACAGUACCCACUCAUCUGAUGUAUCGUUGAGUUCCGUUACCCCUAGUCCCGCCCACCACUACCAAGCAGCAGGAGGUGCCGAGAUGCAACGGAGCACUGCCACGCCCAGUCCAGCCCACUACUACCACCAGGGUGCAUCCGAGCUCUCCAGGAGCCCAGCUCACCACUACUUACCUCCGCACACACCCCAGCAUCACCAGUCACCUCACCACCCGCACGUCGGAAGUCAAACCCCGUCCCACGCUGCGCAGCAUUACACCACCCCGCAGCAUCAGCCGCACCACACACCCUCGCACACUCCGCACCACCACAGGGUAUUGGAGCACCACCCAUCCCUACUGGAUGAGGACAUGGCGGGUCAGAAGGCAGACGGCACGAUGCCGUUAGUCAGAGAAGGGCAUGAGACUAAACCAAGGAAGGCCUCGGUCCGUGAGCUGGAGGAGGAAUUCUUAUGAUGAUUGUGGCAAGGUCCAGGUACUUUCACGGUGGUUUAUUGGAUUCUUUUACGGGUGUAGCCUCCUAGAUCUUUAGUACUUCCUGUCUGUGUGUUGAGAUUCUCUGUUCUGUGAGAAUCAGGUGAAUGCGUUCAUUCACAGGUUCUUAAAUAUAAUUCUUAUUGAUCUUUAACUCUCAGCUGACAUGUUAUCGGCAGCAGUUCUCCAAUUCCAGUCUUGCACAUGUAUCAAGAAAGAGUUUUGCUUUAAAAAAAAAACACUCCUGGAAUUCAUUCAAAUGUAUUCUUGAUAUUCAGUGUAAAGAGGUAAUUGUUUCACUUAUGUGGUAAAGAUAUUUCUUAAUUUACAGAAUUUGUAUUCAUCAUUAUCUAUUGGUGUAUUGGUUUAAUAACUAUUGAUGGGGAAAAUGAUAACAAUGAUCUGCAGAUACUCUCUUAACUGCCGGUUUGACAACAUUCUGCUUGGGUUUUCUCUAAUUGUAAAUCAGCAUUCCACAGCCUCCUUCCCUUGAAAAACAUUUUGUUGCUUCAAAUUCUGCUAGUCAGUGAUUCAUUUAUACAAUUUUCAAAGGGCCAUUCCAACUAUUGUCUUAUCAUUGACUCGUACUGUAUCCAAAAUCUCAACCAGCUGAACUGUCUGUUUAGUGUUCCCCAUAUGUAACGGUACGUGUAACAGACAGUACUUUAGGCUGGAUUAGGGUAAUUGAAUUUUCGUUAAAUGAUUUUGGAAUUUGACAUUUCUAACAGCUUUUUCGAUCAUUGUGGUUGGAAGUGUUCUCUAUUUUAUUUUAAAUCACUUUUUGUUGGCACUUAGCACAGGAUAUAGUAGGAAUUACUUCUGUCAUUCCUGAUAUUGGAAUCAGUUAUUGGUUGAAGGCUUUUCUUCUUCUUUUUUGCACGCUAAAUUUCAUCAACAUUCCUGAUUGCUUCUUCAGGUAAUGGAUGCACACUGCACAGCAUACAUACACAAAAGUAACUUCAGAUUGUGAGGUUGUAUGUAUUUUUGUUUGUUUGUCUGUACCCUUACAUACGUGCAUGUGUAUCACAAUGUGAAACUAGCACCAUACUGUCUUCGUUAAACAGUCAAACACAGCAAAGAAAAAAAACCAUGGGUACAUUUGUUGGUAAAGACUGCAAGACACAACUUAAUAGUCUGUUUCAAAUGUCAUAACACCAGCUUAUGUGUAUGCAUUAAGAUAUACAUGUACAUGUAUGGUAUUUGAAACCAAGCAGCAUACAAGUAUUUUCAUCAACUAGUUUAUUUUUUUAGGUAUUAAUGUGACCGGAAUUCUUUAACUCUGUACCACCGUAAGUUAUGCCUGUCAUACGAUACAAACAUGCUCAUUAUUUGUGGGCAUGCGGUUUAUGUGGCGGCCAUAAACUUUUGCACAUAGUGUGGAGGAGUUGAUUAACCCCUAGGGCCUUUUUGGUAGGAACUAUCCUCAAUCCUCCAAAAUCCAUCAAAAGUUUGCACUUUCAAAUGAAGGAUACCCAGCGCCUCAAUCCUUCAAAAUCGUCAGACAGUCUUGCCUCAAAAAAUUUAUUCAUCCUCAAUCCUCCAAAAUCUUCCUCUUCUUCAAAAACCAUUCAUCACCAAUCCUCCAAACUCCCCAUGUGCUAAAACACCAUUCAUCCUCAAUCCUCCAAAAUCGUCAUGUUUCUCAAACGCCAUUCAUCCUCAACCCUCCAAAACCCUCCAAAACCACCAUGAGGAUUUUGGAGGAUUGAGGAGGGUUAAGGUUAAGAAUUGUAUGAUGAACAAUGUGCAACCUAACCAACGGUCAAGCAAGGACAAGAAAUCCUGUUGUUUUGAAAGAGACACUGCUAUUCCAUAUUGCUAACUCUCAUGUCUCACUUUUAGUGUAAAAAUGCAUACUUUGUCACCUUUGUAGUGAUACAAUUAUUAUUACUAUUUCUUUUUAUUAAUCAAGCGUUCCCUUGGUUUCAGUCUUCAUAACAUUCCUGUUGUCUUAUUCAUGUACUCUAGCCACAAAGCGUGCAAUCCACUGUAGGUUUGGGUUUUCUGCCAGACACAUUUAGCAGUAAUGGCACUAGAACAAGGGACAUGCACCUUCAUUGCAAUUGCAGAUCAGUAACAUGUCCAUGGACCUUCAACGAUUCCCAUUACUCAGUUAACCCUGGGACUGCUAAUCUCUGAUGAACCUCAGCGCACCUGUUUGUGUGGAUAAUUGACUGUCAUUAGUAUCUUGGCAGCAAAUCACCCAUGUUUGAUGUAAAGUCAAGUAUGCGUAUGCCAAAAUAACUGCAUUUAGCGUGCACAAAAACAAAUUGUUAUAUCGUAUGCUUGAAUACUGUAAUGUCAUUGGUCUAGAAUGGCCACGUGUUGAGUCUAUAAAAAUGCAUAUCGCACUGCGAUCAUUGUGCGCAUGGGGGCGUGUUCAUCUAUUCAAACCGUGGACGAAAACCUCCAGAGAACAAAAGAGAACAAUAUCGUCCACCAUUCCCAGCAAACGUCUGCGAUUGGGGUCGUGUACAAAACAUAUGGGAGUCUUCCUAAAAAGUUACAAACAAAAGAGGGAUACUUUUGAUACUGUCUAUGUAUGUCACUUAUAAAACUGAUCUUUGGAGUUACUAGAGGAAAAAAACUUACAUGUACUUUGUUCAUACAUGUAAUUGAAAGAAUUAACUACUGAUAUUUAUCAUGCGCAUUUUUUUUUGGGGGGGGGAUGUGUUUUUGUAAUACCUACAUAUUGAUGGAUUUGACAGUUCCCAGAACUCACAUUACAAGCAUGUUUCAUGAACAUUCAUUGACACCUUUUUGCAUUAAUUUUUCAAGCAAGUAUUUAUUUUUUACAUGUUUGGUCCAAUUAGCGUUCCUUGGCAAUUUGAACGCAACUUCACCACAAAUUCAAAACCAGACUGUGUUCAACUUUUUUGUUUUUUGUACAUGUUAAAAUUCUGUCACAGGUUAAGUAUUAUUGUUUUAUUUCAUGCUGGCCAUGAUGAUGUCUGUAAAUUUUAAUAGCAAAGUACUAAUUAUGUUGAUUGUUUUAUAGUAAAAAAAGUGUAUAAUUAUCUGUAUGUAUGUAACUGUUCAAGCACCCUGUAGUGGAUGACGUGAACAGGUGUACAAAAUAUGUUGAUGAUUUGUUUAUAAUUGUUUUCCUACCCAUAAUAAGGUGAUCAGAUAUUGACGAGUGUCCCUGUAUCCAGCUGUCUGGAGCUGUAUCAAGUUACAUAAACAGUCACAGCCAGUCAAUCCUGCUUUGUGUAGGCUGGGAGCUCUUAACUGUUGAAAACAGUCACUUGAUUGAUUUUGACUGAAAGGACAACUUGGCACAGAACGUAUGUUUGCAUAGGAGGGUUAACCCUAUUAACCCCAAGGGUGUGUGAAAAAUUAUAUCAAAAUUUGAAGAUUCAUGUAUGUAAACCCACCCUGUUCGGAAUAAAAACACCCUUCAGCUCAAAUGAUAAGUUGUCACCAAAUUGUCUUGGUACAACACAUAAAUUCAGAAAUAUCACCAUACAUUGAUCAUUGUGGAGAUUGGUAGAAAUAGAAUGGUGAAGUCCCAUUAUUGCCUGGCUUCUAAUUCAUGGGUUUGGUCCUUAGGCUAACAGAAAGUGUGAGUAAAAGUCUAAAUGUCUGCCAUUUGGGACCCAUAUGAGUCUAGUGCAUUUAUUGGUCAUUAGCUAACCCUAACCCUGCUGAAUCCAACAGGAUCCAACUAUGUCACAUACCCAAUGGAGCCUGUUGGAUUAAGCAGUAAACCCCUUGUGUACAUUCCUCAUGCAAAAUGUUGGAUUUAGUAGGCAACUGAACCGCAUUAUAACGCAUUGUUGGACUCCGUUGGAUUCAGCAGACAACUGAAAAUGAGGCACAGAUGGUUGAAUAGGAAAGUCUGAUUGGAGUCUGUUGGAUUUAGCAGGGUAGUCCUGAGGAAGUACUAGGGGGUUAGGGCUAAAAGAAAACAAAACUGUAUCGCAGUUUGGCCUAUCGAUAAAACUUGAAAUGGGUAAUGUAUGAAGUAAAUUAAAGUAUGCGGUUUGUGAUCAUGGCUAAGAUAUGUAAUUGAAUUAAUUAAUUGUACAUUUGGAAGGGUGGCACGGCCAUUUUGUUAAGAUGAUCUUUGUAAUAUGUUGGAAAAGGAAUUGACUUCAAUCAUUGUAAAUGAAGAAGGCAGACUGGAAACAGAUGUGGUAUUUUAUCAAUGAAAAGGUACUAAUCAAGAAAUUAAACAAUUGAUAUGUAUAUAUGACUUGAAGCUUUGCACGGCGGAUGAGAUAAAGUAGAAAGAUUGCGGGUAACACCAUGUGGAAAGUAAUCUCUUCUUGGAAGGCUCUUUUCAGAACCGGUUCUUUUCAGAACCACACUUCCUCCAAGAAGAGAUUACUUUCCACAUAGCGUUACCCGCAAUCUUUCCACUUUAAUUGAACUGUAACUAAAAUCAGGUAGUACUAAUCGGCGGAAAUCGUACAUGUAUGCUGAACAAUUACUCGGAAUGGUCAGUGUAGACCUAAGCGCAAUUUGUCCAUGAAAUGGAUUUCAGUCACUAGAAUGCUGUUUAUUAUCUGCAGUUGAAGAGUCCCAGUCAAAAAAAUAUACUAGAAUUCUGAAAUGCUGCAGGUACAAGCACACAGGAAAAAGUUAGUGGGUAGGUGUGCUUACCUAAGGUUUGCAUAAAUCUCCAUUAUUUUUACACCAUUUUGAUGAAACUUAAGUCAACACAACAUGUGGUAUUAAGACCCCUUCCAAAACAGUAACCCGGUAACUAGCACCAAGAAGAAGAUAGAUAUUGUUGUAUUCGGAAUCACCAUUACUUGAAUUUGCCAUUGAUAACUUUUAUCAUUAUUGGAUAUGUGGUAAGUCAACCUGCAGCGUUUCAACUUAGAAAGGUUAAAAAAUUCUCCAUUUCGCAUACCAUGUUCAUAUCAUAUCACUUGUCAUAUCAUGUUUGUCUCAAAGACAGCUGAUGAAAUCAUGAAUCGCCACAAUUGCUUUCAUUUUCCCCCAAGUCAUAUGCAUGGCCAACCUGUCUGUCAACUUUGUAAAAAAAUAACUGAUUUUUCCCCAGUACGAAGUAUGAGUUGUUUAGAAAGGCUACAAGUAGCCUGAUGAAAUAAUUUAAUUGUGUUUCGUAAAAUGUAUUCCUUAUUUAACCAGGGGCCAAAUAUUAUUCCUGAUUAAUUUUUAAGCAACUCGUUCAGUAUUUCUGGCAAUGAUUUUUUUUUUUUGUAAAUUGGAUUUCUUUUUCCUUUAUUGCAUCAGAAUUUAAUUUUACCAUCCCAGAGGUUGACUUGUAAUUUUUUUUUUUAAGUUAAUGGCCUUUUCCCUUCUAGUUCUAGAUUAAUAUGAAAGAGUACUUUCUAUUCUUCAAGGUAAUUUGUGUCAUGUGCAAGCAGAUAUUAUUCGUAGCUGUUAAGGUCAUUUCUUGUUUGUUUGGCAGUUGAAGAAAAUUGUUUCAAUCAUACUCCACCAAUUGUAACGCUUAUAACAAUGAUAUAAAUGUAAUCCCUUUCUUUUCCAAGGCGUGUCUCUUGUAUGUUAAAAAAGGAAGAGAUUACAUUAUAUCGUUGUUAAAGCGUUCGUUAUGAAUUUAUAUCUCGGCCUUCAAAUCUACUACUUUAACACUUUCCCCAAAACGUUUGGUGAUUUUGUUCAUCCCACCUGCACAUAAAUCCUCCCUUGCUGUAUUUGAAAUGUCAGCUCAGAAAGUAGUACAUGUAUGACAAGUUGUUAUUUUUUAAUUGUUUAGUUGAAAUUACGUCAGAACUCAGACUUUUAAUCAGUAUUCAUUAUUUCUAACUGUAAGUUACGUUUGAGAAGAGGUGUGUUUGUGGAGAAAUGGGCAUUAUGUGGGAUAAUUUACAUAACUAGGUAAUUUUUUUUUGUAUUCACACUUUUGGCAGUCGAUUUUUCUGCUCAUUCGCACCAAUAAUUAUUAUAAUUUGUGUCUUACAUUCCGUAUGUUUGAUUUGAAAGAUUUGCAGCUCCCUGUGCUGUAUGUGUUUUUGAUUGAUCUAAUCAAAAGUGUAUACACAAUACGGCAGCUUUGUGCCUCUCGGUACAGCUAAAUGCAGUGAAGUAGUUACAUCCUAGCUACAGCAGUGGCCCUAACUAAAGUUGGGAUACUCCCAACUUUACCUAACUAUAGUUGGGUUCAUCCCAACUAAAAUUGGGACGAUGCUGUAGUUGGGGCGUAAUCAAAUAAUAUGGGUUCAGACCUUUGUGCUGAUUGAAGUUGCGAUGACAGCAGGCAAUGGCAUUUUACUGAAAUGAAACUUGAAAGCAAUGCUGGAAACAGAAGACAAAAAUUGUUACCAUCUUCACGAUUUUCUGUAAGUGAAAACUAUUGGUUUUGUAUGACCGUUGCAUGCUCACUACAAUAGUUUCAUAUUUGGUCAUUGUCUCUAAGAUGCUGACUGUACAUGUAAGUACAAAUAGGAUGUCACUGUUGCAAUGUCUGCAGCUGGUUAAGAGUCGUACACAGAUAUCAAAAUUGGUCUUUACAUAUUUAUUCCCAACUCCUUGUUUUGUUUCUGAGGUAAACAGGAUGCAAGAAAGCAAAACCUACAUGUUAACGGUUGUUGGUGGCUGUGAAAAAUCUGAACGAGUCACUGCCCUAGCAAGGUGAUCUUAUCUUUCAGCGAUGACUUUUCAAAUGAAAACCAGGGGUUUGUUUCUUAGAGAUUCUCAGCACAAUCAGUUUGCUUUGCAAAGUGAUCCGCAUCACUAGUGAUAUUACUUGUGCACCACUCUUUUCGAAUUUCUAAAGCUGCUGGUCCCCCGGCCAAGCAAUGUUGACAAGAAAACCACCGCUGAUGGUCAGCAGUUUCUGGCCAGCUCAUCAAGUGACUAAAAGCUCCCCUGGUUGAGAUGGGUCUGAAAGUCUCAGUUUAGGGCAUUAUUGAUGUUCAGUGUCUCGGGGAGUCAGUCAGUCAGUCAGUCCUUGGACAAUAGGGUGGCCCACUUUAUUCACGAGUCAGCCAUAUUAAAUUGAACGCGAGGUAACAUCUUCAUUUUUGGGACUUGAAAGUGUAAACAAAAGCAAUGAAAUAAAAAGUUCAUUACAAAUUAAUACCAGUCUGCUCCGGUGCAUAAUUUAAAAUUGGUGAUUUAAUAAACAUGCCCUAAUGGUUUAAGCCACUUUUAACACAAACUUGAAAGUGAGGCUUCGAGCGCACUCCAUUCAUAAAAUAGUCUGGCACCAUCCCAUUCAACAGUUUACAUUUUAUAAAAUGGAUUUAGGGAACGCGAUCGGAAAUGGCUACUUCGUGAGUAAGGUCCCAUGCCGGUCAACAGAAAACCCACUUACAAACUUUUCAUACGGUGUAUAAUUUUAAGCAGUGGUGCUUUUCCAACAGCAUUUGAUCAUUGCUUCAAAGUAAAGAAGGUGUAACGUUGGUGUAGCGUAUUGAACAAAAUUGUUAGUUUGUACCGUUUCAAAAUUUAAUGUAUUGUAUUGUGGUGGUAGAUGUGGUGUACACAAAAUACUAAAAAAAACAAAAAUUGUAAAAAUACAAAAGGUCUCUCUGAGCUACUGUUGAUAGAAAGACCCGUUUCUUUAUAUGGAUUCUUUUUUAUAUAUAUUUGUGUAUAUUUUAUGUUGAACCUUGUAAAUAUAUUGAAGUUGAGCCUAUUGACACAUUUUAUCAAGUAUGAUGUUUGUAUAGAAAUGGGGGAUUGGUUGAAACUAUAAGAAAUUUAAAAAAAAAUGUGUACUCAUGUCUUUUUUAAUAAAAAAAAUAUUGGUGUUAAAAGUG